UCCCGCUUGGCCAAGUUUGCCGAGCUUUGCCGCGCCAGCCGGCCAGUCAAUCAGCGGCAGAGCUGAGAAGGGUACAGCCGUGCGGCCGAGGGCAGAGUCGAGCCAGGCAAGCGGACCCAGCGCGGGGCAGCUCCAGCAACUCGCAGCGAGCGGCCACCGCCGCCCACACCCUCCGCGGGUUCUGCCACCUUUCCUCAUUCCUCGCACCCUACGCUGCCGGCCGGCUAGCCAGCUCGCCAGGUGGAACGCGUCUACCCCGGCCCGCAGCAUGGCACGGUUCGGCUUGCCCGCGCUUCUCUGCCUCCUGACCGCUCUCAGCACCCCGCUGCUGGCUACCGAGCUCAAGUCGAAAAGUUGUUCGGAAGUGCGACGUCUCUACGUGUCCAAGGGCUUCAACAAGAACGAUGCCCCCCUCCACGAGAUCAACGGUGAUCAUUUGAAGAUCUGUCCCCAGGGUUCUACCUGCUGCUCUCAGGAGAUGGAGGAGAAGUACAGCAUACAGAGUAAAGAUGAUUUCAAAAGUGUGGUGAGCGAACAGUGCAAUCACUUGCAGGCCGUCUUCGCUUCCCGAUACAAGAAAUUUGAUGAAUUCUUCAAAGAGCUCCUUGAAAAUGCUGAGAAAUCCCUGAAUGAUAUGUUUGUGAAGACAUAUGGCCGCUUAUACAUGCAAAACUCGGAGCUAUUUAAAGAUCUCUUUGUGGAGCUGAAGCGCUACUACGUGGUGGGGAACGUGAACCUGGAAGAAAUGCUAAAUGACUUCUGGGCUCGCCUUCUGGAGCGCAUGUUCCGCCUGGUGAACUCGCAGUACCACUUCACAGAUGAGUACCUGGAGUGUGUGAGCAAGUACACUGAGCAGCUGAAGCCCUUUGGAGAUGUGCCUCGGAAACUGAAACUGCAGGUCACCCGAGCAUUCGUGGCGGCACGCACUUUUGCUCAAGGCUUAGCAGUGGCGAGAGAUGUAGUGGGCAAAGUCUCCGUGGUAAAUCCCACAACCCCAUGUACCCACGCCCUGUUGAAGAUGAUCUACUGCCCCCACUGCCGGGGUCUGGUGACCGUGAAGCCCUGUUACAACUACUGCUCGAACAUCAUGAGAGGCUGUUUGGCCAACCAAGGGGAUCUCGAUUUGGAGUGGAACAAUUUCAUAGAUGCGAUGCUCAUGGUGGCGGAGAGACUGGAGGGUCCUUUCAACAUUGAGUCCGUCAUGGACCCCAUCGAUGUCAAGAUCUCCGAUGCCAUUAUGAACAUGCAGGAGAACAGUGUGCAGGUGUCACAGAAGGUAUUCCAGGGCUGUGGACCCCCCAAGCCCCUGCCAGUGGGACGGAUUUCUCGUUCCAUCUCUGAAAGUACGUUCAGCGCUCGUUUCCGACCCUAUCACCCUGAGGAACGCCCGACCACAGCGGCUGGCACCAGUCUGGACCGCCUGGUGACAGACGUCAAGGAGAAACUGAAGCAGGCCAAGAAGUUCUGGUCUUCUCUUCCGAGCAAUGUUUGCAAUGAUGAAAGGAUGGCUGCGGGAAAUGGCAACGAGGAGGACUGUUGGAAUGGCAGAGGCAAAAGCAGAUACCUGUUUGCAGUGACUGGAAAUGGAUUAGCCAACCAGGGCAAUAACCCAGAGGUCCAGGUUGACACCAGCAAACCAGACAUACUGAUCCUUCGCCAGAUCAUGGCUCUUCGGGCUAUGACCAGUAAAAUGAAGAACGCUUACAAUGGGAAUGAUGUGGACUUCUUUGAUAUCAGUGAUGAAACUAGUGGCGAAGGAAGUGGGAGUGGAUGUGAGUAUCAACAGUGUCCGUCGGAGCUUGAGUACAAUGCCACCGACCAUGCUGGCAAGAGUUCUCACGACAAAGCCGACAGCGCUGGCGCCUGUCCUGGCUCACAGCCCUACCUCCUCACUGUCAUCUGCAUCUUCUUCCUGGUUGUGCAGAGAGAGUGGAGAUAAUUUUCACACUUUGAGAAAAAGCGUUCAUCAUCAGAAAGCUGCAAGGCAUCAGUUAUCACUUUUCUACCAUCCCUAGUGACUUUGCUUUUUACAUGAAUGGACAACGAUGUACAGUUUUUACUGUGUGGCCACUGGUUUUAAAAAUGCAUUCAGUUUGUGGGUAAAAGGAGAUUCGUACGUUCAGUUGGUUCCUGCUUCCCCACAGUCAUAUUCAACGUGGCUAACAAUGUAGGUACAGAACUGUAGUUAGUUAUGCAUUUGUGAUUUUAUCCACUAUGUUGGUUUGUUCUAUUUUCAUUUUGUUUGUGGGGUUUUUGUUUCUCCAAUUACAGUCUCACCUUGUUUCUUACAAGAAAACCAGGGUCCUUUCUUGGCAUGUAACAUGUACGUAUUUCUGAAAUAUUAAAUAGCUGUACAGAAGCAGGUUUUAUUUAUCAUGUUAUCUUAUUAAAAGAAAAAGCCCAGCAAGCAGCAAAAUUUCCAUUUAUCCCUGUUAUUUUAGUUGCCUUAUCUGCAUAGAAAUGGAGGUGAUUUGGGGUUUUAUUAUAAUGAUGAUUAUGAUUAAGUUAGGAGAGAAUAUAAAGGUACAAGGAGUCACUUUGUCAGGAUGUGAGCAUCAACAAAAGCAGCAUGGACUUCAUCAGUAGCUGGGGAUCAGAAGAGACUGCUGACUGACAGUUGCUGUUGAGUUGAAUUCCGUAAGCUGAGAUCACACAUAGAUCUGUUUCUUAAGCCUACUUAUAGUUAAGAGUGUAACCCAUUUUCAAGAUAAUUCAUGAUACAGUCUCACUUGAACGAUGAGAUGUUCAGGAGGUCUCACUUAUCACAUGGUCACAGUUGGGCUUGGGGGUGAUUUUUGUUUUUAUAUUUUUUGUAACCAGGCAAAUUAACAAGCCAAUAAUCGAAUGCCAGUUUUCACAUCUACACUGAUCAUCUUUUAAUUUCUGUCCCAGUGACAGCAGCAAGUGGCCUAGCACCUCAUUUGGGUCCCCAAGUUACAGUGGUCCAGAUGUCAAGCCCAGCCAUAGACAGGGUGACUGUCUUGCGGCUAGCCUGAACUGGGGCUGGGCUCAGGGAAUAGCUCUCCAUACUCGAGCAAAGGGUUUGGUUUUUGGUUUUUGUUCUCUCUUUCUCUCUCUCUCUCU